AUGGAGCAGCAGGUGGAGCGGCUACGGGUGAGAUUGGUGCCCGCCAGCACGGCGGAGGAACGUGCCAGGAAUAUCAUUGCCAAUGUGGUCGUGGAGGAUGGUCUGGUGCCCUACAUCGAUGAUCACGCGGCGGAGAAGGUGACGCUGAUUCCCCAGCAGUCGGCUGCUCCACUUUCCGCCUCCCAGCAGGAACCAACCAUCCGGUACUACGCCGUUGGACCCUCCACCUACAAGCUGUUGUGCCCACUCUGCCGGGAGCGGAGUCAGGCGGCGGUGAUGAGGGCAGCCAGCUGCAAGGACGCCAGCUUGUGCCUCAGCCUGCUGUCCUGCAUCUUUCCGCUCUUUUGGAUCUGCUGCGUGUGCACCUGGUGCGGAUGCAAUCGGGAGUGGACCACCAAGGGCGUCUACUGCAGCUCGUGUGGCGGCAAAGUGGGAAUCCAGCGCAAGGCCAAAUAGCCCAUUCAGCGCACCAAUUAAAUCGAGAAUUAAUGCCAAAUUUUUAUGUGUUCUAUAAUUCUAUUACGCGUCUAACUCAAUUAAAGACACACUGUAAAUCACUUCGGCCGCUGCUCUUUCUGUGCUCUUCCCAAACUCAUG